CAUCAAGUGGGCAUGGUGUGCUCCUAGCCACAUGUGAAAAUGCCUGGCAAGAAAGACCCAAAAAAGGAUGCAAAGAAAGGUGGAAAACCUGAACCUGAGAAAAAGAAAGAGGAGGAAAAGAAAGGAAAGGAUGAUAAAAAGGGAGGGAAAGAUGACAAAAAAGCCAGCAAAGAUGAUAAGAAAGGUGCAAAGGAUGACAAGAAGGGAGGAAAAGAUGAUAAGAAAGGCGGAAAGAAGGGAAAGGAAGAACUGUCCAAGGGAAAAGAUGAUGGAAAGAAAGGAAAGGACAAAGGAAAAGGUAAAAAAGUGGAGUCCGAAGAGGAAGAGGAGCUCCUGAGUGAAGAGGAAGAGGCUGAAGAGCUAAGCGAAGAAGAUGAGGAGGAUUCAGAAGAUGGUAGGAGAGGAAGGGGGCGAGGUGGCAAGGGAGCUAAAGCAAAGAAAGGGGGAAAAUCCAGACAUGUGGAUGACUCAGAAGAGGAAGAUGAGGAUGAUGAAGAUGAGGAGGAAGAGGAUGAGGAUGAAGAUGAAGAGGAAUACAGCAAAUCAAAGAAAAAAUCUAAAGAUGGCCAUCAUAAAGGAGGAAAAUCUGAAGAUGCAAAGAAGAAAAAGGGCAAAAAGAAAGAAGAAACUCCACAAAUCCCAGUAAAGGAAAUUCCAAGGAAAGGUCUGAAGAACAUGUCCCGAAUGUUCAUGAAAUUUUCCGGCUUCAAGAGGCGAAGGAACAGCAGGAAGAAGUUGAAAAGUACAUCACGUUUGUUUCUUGGUUUGGGCAAAAGGAAGAACCGCCUUGCCAAGAAGAAACGCCGCAAGUCCAUACUGAAGCACACCUCUCGGUUCAUGAUGAGGUUUAAGGGCAGCAAAAAGAGGAAAAAAGAGAAAGAAGCUAAAGAAAGGGCAGCAGCUAACGGUGGUAAGAAGCCAACCUAUAUGCUGCUUCGUCUUGGUGGUGGGAGAGAUUCAAAUGAGAAGAAGGGGGGCUUCUUCAAAGGGCUGUUUGGCAAAAAGGUUGGGGACGGACCUUCUGAUGACUUCAAGAACAGAAGUAUGUUGCUAGGCAAAGUUGCAGCAGCAACUAACUGGCUGACUAAGCGUUUUCUGUCCACUAAAAUGCGGGGAAAUUUAGGACGUAAUGGCUGGGGGGGGCGAAGAGGACAAAGUCGACAAGCUAAAGGCUAUAAACAUGGUUACCACAAUAAUGGUUAUGAGUAUGGGGAGGAGCACUAUGGAUAUGAUCAGCAGUAUUUACCUCACCAGAAAGGGUAUGGAGGCUAUGAUGACGGUUAUGGAGGUUAUGCAGAUGAAGCAGCUGCAGUAUAUGGAGACCAAGGUCAGCUAUAUUAUGACAGUGGAGUAAGAGGGGCAGACUUUCAAGAUCUGGGUUACUAUGAAGAGGAAGGAUUGUAUGAUCCAAAUUCAGAAUAUUAUGAGAAUGGUCUUUAUGAUGAUGGUAUGGGAGAUUACUAUGAUCCUUAUUUUAGUGGACAAGCCUACCAUAACAACCAAGAAGCUGAUUAUUAUGGCUACCAGCAACAACAACCAAUGUAUGGUGACGAGGGUAUUGACUACUAUGCAACAGGCGAUGAUCAUAUGUAUGGGGUAAAUGGAUUUCUUGAACCUCAGCCUCAGGGGUUUGAUGGAGCUGGCCAAGGAGUUUACUAUGGUGAAGAACAAAUGGGUUAUUAUGACAACGAACAGGCAGGUUUUUAUGAGAACCCUUAUGGAGCAGCUAUGGGGAUGCAAGGGGGAUUACCAUCAGACUAUCAACUCAGUUACAGUGAUACUGGCAUGCCCUAUCAAGACUUCAGCUCCCAACAGAUUGUUGGAUUCCCACCAGGAGACCAGCAGGUCCUUGGUUUUGGAGGACAAGGAGUAACUCCAGCACAAGGAAUGUAUGGAGACCCGUACAUGGGCCAGGUAGAUCAAUAUGGGGAUGACAUGGGUGGAGUUCAGGGAGGAGAUGUGACAUUUAGAGUUCCUAGACCUCAAGUGCGUCUUUUUGGGAAGGAGCGUCUAGAUGUUCCAUUACCUCCUCCACCUGUGUUGCCACCUGAUCCAGAAUUUGAAGACAUGUCAGAUAUCCAGUAUGAAGACCAGAUUCCUCUUGCACCAGGCCUGCCUGGUGAAAUGGCAUCAUUACAGUCUCAAAUGGCAAUCUCAUCACUCCAACAUAUGCUGUCACCACAGCAACAGAUGCUGUCACCACAGCAACAGAUGCUGUCUUCACAGCAACAGAUGCUGUCACCACAGCAACAGAUGAUUGUACAGCCCGAUCAGAGUAUGUCCCCUCAAAUGAUCCAGUCGCAAAUGCAGCCAAUGUUACCACAGCAACAGAUGAUGCCCAAUCAAACUAUGUCACCACAGCCACAGAUGAUUUCUCCACAAGAGCAGAUGAUGUCACAGCAAAUGAUGUUGCCACAGCAGCAGAUGAUGCCUCAACAAAUUAUACCCCAACAGAUGACUACCAACCCAAUGGUGAUGCCACAUCAACAGCAGCAAGGUUAUGCCCCGCCACUGAUUCCUACCCCAACUGCCAUGAUUAUCAAACAAGCUAGUAUGUCCCCACUUUCUGCACGCCGCUUACAGCCCUCUCCAACUCCAUCGCGUCGUUCUGUCAUCAUGCCUUCCCCACAGAUGCAACAACAUCCUUCUGCUAUGCCUUCCCCAUUACCGUCUCCUAUGCUUGCACAGAGACGUAGCCUCUCCCCCCAACCAUCCAUGAGGAGCGGGUUCAUUCAUGCCCAAAGACCUCCCUCUGUUAUGUCAAGACAAAUCUCACCUCCAGCAUCUCCAAUGGCAUCUCCACUCAGUCGUCGAAGAAUGCAACCUCAGAGAUCACCUUCCCCUAUGGCUCGGGGUUCCUCACCUCCCCACUCCCCACGUGCCUCUAUGAUACGACGCAGUCCACCACCUUCUGCAAGGGCAUCAAUGAGGCAGCAUUCUCCACCUUUGUCACCCCAUACAUCCAUGAGAAGGCAAAGUCCCCCACUACCAGUCAGUGCUGCCCAAAGCCCAUUUGGAGUUAGAAAGCUGCUGCGGUCACCCUCCCCUCCCCUGUCUCCCAGUCAUGUGUCUCCACCUCACUCUCCACAUCUCAGUAGAAGACCGUCUCCCUCUCCCUCUCCAUCACGUCGCAGUUUAUCACCAGUUGGGCCACAUCCUGCUCCUUCAUCUCCAACUCUUUCACGUCGCUCAACUCGACUGCUCAGGGACCCAACACCACUGGCCAGGCCACGGAUGGGGGGAAAUGUUCCUUUAGGCACUGUCAGACCUUCACCUAUGGGUCUCCGGGGCCGCCCAGUGCCCCCUCCAACACAGAAUGUCCGCCCUUUCCGUGCCUCCUCCAUCAGAAGCAAUAGGUCUUCCAUUCUCACAGUGGACUCCUCCCUCCAGUCCUCUCCUUUUCAGUCUCCUCACAUGAUUCACCGAGUGCCACUGGAGAGAAGAGAGUCUGGCCGUUUUCAUCCUCGCCCCAUAGCUCGGGGACGUCCCCUCAUUGCCCAGCAGUCAAGAAGGAUGAUGCCUCCUCCCUCACCUCAACCUUCCCUUAAGCAUAUGUCCUAUCCGGCGUCUCCACGACUUUCUCCACGUCUUUCUCCACGUCUUUCUCCACGUCUUUCUCAUCAUUCCUCACCUAUCCUUUCACCUCAUGCUGUACAUUCGCCUGCUUAUUCCCCAGAAGCUCAUUUUUCUGAUGCAUAUCCAGAUCCUUAUAUUGAACAAUCACACCAGGUAGUUGCUCCUUCUUCUCCAAUGCUAUCUGGUGCAGCCCAAAUGGUAGGCAUGAAUGAAAUGACUCCUGAAUUUGUGGAACCUUAUAUUCCCUCAUCUCCUGUAUUGUCUGGGGCACUGCAGAAUCAAGCUAUUAGAGAUGCAUCCUAUAUUUCCCCUUUACAAAGGCCAGUUUCACUUUAUGAACAGCCUGUGGCUCCUUCUUCUCCAUUGUUAUCUGGAGCUCUCCAAAAUCAAGCCUUGAGAGAAGCAUCUUAUGUGUCUCCUCUACAAAGACCGCAAUCCCCUUAUGCCCAUUCGGUACCGUCAUCUCCAAUGCUCUCAGGAGCCAUGAGACAUGGACAAGCAGUAAAGGGAGUGGCUUCUUAUCAUCUACCCCAAUUACAUUCACCAUAUGGACCAACUGUUGUUACUCCUUAUGAUUAUAUCUCGGAGCCUGGACCUGCACCCAUGCUUUACGAUGCUCUACAAAAUCGAUCUGGCUUGCAAAAUGUUUCAACUUUAAGAUCUCCUCUGAUGCAGCGUCGUAAUCCUUAUGCACCAGUUGGGCCACAGGUCUACAGUGCUCUUCAGCAGAAUCCAAACCUUCGGGAAGCAUCUUAUCAGACACCUGUACAACUCAGAAGGUCUCCAUAUGGACCACGACCACCCAGUUCCCCAAUGCUUGGGAGUGCCUUGCAAAAUCAGCAACUAAUGCAGGCUUCAUAUCGACUGCCAGAUGGAACUUUGGUCUCACCAUAUGCAGACUCACGCUCAUCUCCAAAACUUGGCCAUGCACUUCAGAACCAACAAAUCCGUGGGGCCUCUUAUGUUUUGCCUGAUGGAUCAGUUAUUAGGGACCCCCGGUUGCCUGCGUCUCCGAACCUUUCAAGAGCUCUUCAGAACCAAGAUCUAAAAAGUGCUUCAUAUACACUACCUGAUGGCACCAUAAUUGAUCCCAGACAGCAACAACCCAUUUCCCCAAAUUUGGCAAAAGCUCUUAACAACCCAAUCCUGCGUGAAGCCUCGUACUCACUCCCCGAUGGUACCAUUGUAAUUGACCCUAAGAAGAAAAAGUCCCCCAACCUUGCAGCAGCACUUCAGAACCCUUAUCUAAAAAGUGCUUCGUACACCCUACCAGAUGGCACUAUUAUCAUUGAUCCAAGGAAACCUGUCUCCCCAAAUCUAGCCAAUGCUCUUCAAAACCCAGCACUACGAAAUGCCUCCUACAGUCUGCCAGAGGGAGUUCAAGAUCCCAAUAUACCAAUUUCACCAAACUUGGCAAAGGCUCUCAAUAACCCAGCCUUGAAAGGAGCUUCAUAUACACUCCCCGAUGGAACUAUUAUAGUGGACCCAAGGAAACCAAAGAGCCCCACCUUAGCGGCGGCCCUGCAGAAUCCGUAUCUGAAGGAGGCGUCCUACACUCUGCCAGAUGGAACCAUCAUCAUUGACCCGCGGAAACCAGUUGCCCCUGAGCUGUCUAAAGCCCUUCUGAAUGAAAACCUGCGCAGUGCAUCUUACCGGCUUCCUGAUGGUUCUCUGGUUAUCCCAGGCCAAAAGCCAAACCUUUCAUCUGCUCUCAGGCAAAACCAGGCACUUCGUUCUGCACGUCUUUAUAAUCUGCCAGACAGCUCUGCACUGUCAGGUGCUCCCAAACCCACCCCUCCCAACCUUGCCUCUGCAAUACAAAAUGAGGAACUACGUGGUGUCAGCUAUAGGCUGCCAGAGAAGUCUCUUCUCACACGUCGGUUCCACAAUCCUCGUUUAUCUGAAGCCAUCCAAAACCAGCACCUGCGUUAUGCCUCCUACAUGGUGCCAACAGGACUGCAGGGUGAAGAUAAUUGCUAUGCUGUGAUUCCUCCAUACGGGCCACGCUCAGGCCAUUGGGCCAGGAACGCCCAAGGAGGAGGAAUGGAGGGAGGGGAAGAUGUUUGGGCAGCUGAGAGGGUUUUACCACAUGGGACGGUCCAGAAUUUGACUAAGUGGUCCUUGUACAGAGAAGCAGGGAUCUUAGAUGGAUAUUCACCAAAACCUCAAGCUGUGGAUGGACAGCCUCAAGAUCCAGAGUGGACUCCUGAUAGAGAAAAGUUGCCAGGUCAAAGCUGGUAUGACAAGAUCUAUUCCAUUCUGAGCAUGCCCACAACAGGCCACAGGGUUAAACGCUGGGCGGAGGGAAUGGAGGACCUGACACAACUCCCUGAGCUGAAUGAGACCACAGUCCUGAUGAACCUGAAGAAACGCUAUGACCAGGAGCUUGUAUAUACCUACAUCGGCAGCAUCCUGGUGUCUGUGAACCCGUACAAGUUGCUCAACAUUUAUGGCACAGACAUGGUGCUCCAGUAUGAAGGCCGUGGUCUGGGUGACAAUCCUCCUCAUCUUUUUGCCAUUGCUAAUCUCUCUUAUAACACCAUGAUGGAUGCCAAAAAGGACCAGUGUAUUGUGAUCAGUGGAGAAAGUGGGUCAGGAAAGACUGAAGCUACAAAACUGAUCCUGCGUUACCUUACAGCCAUACAUCACAAACGCAACGUCACCCAACAGAUAGAGAUCCUCGAGGCCACGCCCCUGUUGGAGUCCUUUGGGAAUGCCAAAACAGUGCGCAAUGACAACUCCUCACGCUUUGGCAAAUACACGCAGAUCUACAUGGAGGAGGGUGUAAUCAGCGGUGCCAUAACGUCUCAGUACCUGUUGGAGAAGUCCCGCAUUGUCUUUCAGGCCAAAUCAGAAAGGAACUACCACAUCUUCUAUGAGAUGCUGGCGGGUCUUCCUCCUCAUGAGAAACACUCACUGUAUCUGCAGGAAGCCGAGACCUACUACUAUCUGAAUCAGGGAGGGAACUGUACCAUAGAGGGGAAGGAUGAUGGGGAGGACUUCAGGCGUUUGCUGAGUGCCAUGGACAUUAUGUGCUUCAACCCAGAGGAGCAAAACGGUAUCUACAGAGUACUGUCGUCUGUCCUUCAUCUGGGGAACGUCUACUUUCAGCCACACCAGGCUGAGGGUCAGGAGGUUGCGUCGGUGGUGAGCACGCAGGAGAUCAGGGUGGUGGCUGAGCUGCUGCAGGUCUCACCUGACAGCCUGCAGAAAUCCGUCACCUUCAAACUGACAGAUACUGUGCGGGAGAAGAUCUACACUCCGCUGACUGUGGAGAGUGCCGUGGAUGCCAGAGAUGCUGUUGCCAAGAUCCUGUACUCGCUGCUGUUUAGUUGGCUGACGGAGCGCAUCAACGGACGGGUCUACCCGCGCAAUGAGGCGCUCUCUAUCUCCAUAUUGGACAUAUAUGGAUUUGAGGAGCUACAGGUGAACAGCUUUGAGCAGCUGUGCAUCAAUUACGCCAAUGAAACUUUGCAGUUCUUCUUUAACAAGGUCAUCUUCCAGGAGGAGCAGGAGGAGUACAUGCGGGAGCAGAUUGAGUGGCAGCAGCAGCCCUUCGGCCACAACCAGGCAUGCCUUGACCUCAUUGCUGCUAAGCCUCAUGGGAUACUGCGCAUACUGGAUGACCAAUGCGGUUUCCCCCAGGCAACAGACCACACCUUCCUUCAGAAGUGCCACUAUCACCAUGGAAACAACCCGCUGUAUGCCAGGCCAAAGAUGCCACUGCCAGAGUUCACCCUGAAACACUAUGCGGGGAAGGUCACCUAUCAGGUGCACAAAUUUUUGGACAAGAACUUCGACAUGGUCCGACAGGAUGUUUUGGACCUCUUCGUCCAGAGCAAGAACAAAAUGGUGUCGAGCCUUUUCUUGAAGCACUCAGACUCCAUGUCUCAGCAGCGCUCCAACACACGGCACAGCAGCACAGCUCGCCGGUAUCAAGCCAACACGGUCAGCGCAAAGUUUCAAACCAGCCUGCAGGAGCUGCUGGAGAAGAUGGAAAGGUGUACCUCUUAUUUUGUGCGAUGCAUCAAGCCAAACCAUCUUAAGGAACCUGGACUGUUCGACAUGGAGCUGGUUAACACUCAGCUGCACUACUCUGGUAUCAUGGAGACCAUCCACAUCAGGAAGGAUGGUUUUCCCAUCAGGCUGCAUUUUCACAGCUUCCUUAGAAGGUACAAAGCCCUGCUCUGCCUGGAGGAUCCUCCACCCGCUGAUGGUGAGAACUGUGUUGUCAUGCUCCACAAACUCGGCCCGGUCAAGGCCGGUUCCUAUCAGCUGGGAGUCAGCAAGAUUUUCUUGAAAGAAGAGCUGUAUCAGCUGUUGGAGGGGAAGCGCGACCGGCUGAUGAACAUCGCUGCCAUGACGCUGCAGAGACACAUUCGUAUGUGUUUCAUCCGCAAGAGAUUCACUAAAUUCAGACAGCGUAUGAUUCAGUUUGAAGCCCGGUGCCGUGGCUACAUGGUCAGAAAAAAGUUUGUUAUGAAGAGGAAGUACCUCAUCAAGUUACGCUCGACCGUGCGGCUCAUCGUCAACCGCCAGCGUUACAUGAGGACAGUGGUGGAGCCUGCAAGGAAAGCAGAGGAGGAUCGUGUCAAUCGGGAGGUAGUGAAUGUGACAACACUUCCCAUCCCUGCUGAGCUGGCAGGCCUGCUACAGGCGGCUUCAGGUGGCGCAGAGCUCCAUUCUGACUGUUUGGCAGUGGUCCAGGCUCCAAAGGUUCAGGUUGACCCCCAGCUGACCCUGCCCCUGGAUAUCAACAACUACCUCAUGACACACUACAUCCGGGCCAUAUUUAGGGAGCCAUUGUUUGGGAUGGUGACAGCCCCGCUUGAAAACUCCCUGAUCCGAAUGGAUGAGGAGCACAAACAAGGAGCACUGAACAUCUUCAUUCUGAUCCUCAGGUUCAUGGGUGACCCCAACUUGAAUGGGGCUCAGGAGAAUCUGUUCGGGAACUAUAUCAUCCAAAGAGGCCUGGCAAAUCCCAACCUCAGAGAUGAGAUCCUGGCUCAGGUUGCCAAUCAGGUGUGGAGGAAUCCCAACAUCCUGAAUUCAGAGCGUGGCUGGCUCCUCCUCUCCUCCUGUCUGUCUUCCUUCCUGCCCUCUCAAAGGCUGGCAAAGUACCUGCUGAAGUUCGUGUCUGACUACGGCCCCGAGGGCUACAACUGUGUCUGUCAGCACCGUCUGCUCCAGGGUUUGCAGCGGCUCAGUGUCGGGCCAGAGUACAUCCGGACAUACCCGCCCUGUCUGCUGGAGUGGACCGCCAAUCGCAAGAGAGCUCACACCGUUCUGCACGUACACUGCUUUGAUGGUGUGUCCUUCCUGUGUCCUCUCCAUUCCUGGACAACAGGGGAAGACAUGGCCAAAGACAUCUUACAGCACCGGGGUGUGCUGGAGAGCCGGAGAGGCUGGUCGGUGCUGCUGAAGGAGCCAGCUCAGUGGGUGGAACUGGAGGGGUCGGACUACGUGCUGGACCUGAUGUCAGACCUGGAGCUUCCUGCUGACUUCCCUAAACACAGCAGCUACUUUAUCAUCUCUGCACAGGAGCCAAGCAGAGUGCGGCCCAAUGCCAGCAUAAGCCUGUUGGGUGGCGGCUUUGACAUGAAGAAUGAUGUUUUAUCCUCGACCAUGCCCGGUUAUGACGGACUUGGCCAAGACCUGGAGCCUCAGAGAGGGAUGGAUCGUUAUCUUGACAGCCUGUUUGACCCUGUCCUGUCGGACGGCGCUUCAGAAGAACCUUCAACCGCCGGACUGUCCAGCAGGAUGAAGGGAGCCGGGGGAGUCGGCGAAGAGCUGCAACAACAAGCGCGGCCCGCUGGCCCCCCACCUCCACCCGGAGCUGUGAGAGUCCUUCCUGUGGGAGGUGUGAUGUCGCCUCCUGUUGCGGCGGUAGCACCUGUAACACCUGAUGCCCAGCAGGCUGUUUUGGCCCAGCAGCAGCAGGCGAUUGUGAACCAGCAGGCCAUCAUCAUGGCCCAGCAGAUGACCAUGCAAGCAAUGGCCAUGGUGAGCAGCCCGGUGUCCAGCCCGCCCACCUCCCCGAUCACAAGCCCUCCCAUGAGUCCUCUGCUCAACCACCCUCCGAGCCCGUACGCGCCCGCCAGCCCGUAUGCCGUCAUCCCUCCAAGUCCGUACGCCAACAUCCCACCGAGCCCCUACGCCAACUUCACCCCGACUCCCUACGCUGCGGCCAACAUCCCACCCAGCCCCUAUCCUCCCUCCGCUCAACAGGAACAGCCUCCAUCUCAGCCUCCAGCUCAGCCUGCUGCUGAACCCCAGCCUCAGCCGGAGCCUCAGCCUCGGGCCUCACAUCUCAACCCUCGACCAAACCGCAUAGAGGCUAAAAAAGCCGAUUCAGCACAGCCGAAGGCCGACCCUGCCACACAGGUCGGUUCACAUGAUGACAGCGUCUCUCGGAGAAAGGCUCCAGCCAUUCCCAUAAACAAGGACAAACCAGCCAGAAAGUUUGCUCCAGUCGUGACGAAUCCUCCUCCUCCUGUGGGAGAGGUGGUGAAAUACUCACCUCGGACUGCAGAGCACAUCGUCCCCAGUCAAGAUGUCCAAGAAAUCAUCAAAAGGUACAACUCCCCACCGCCACCGCCAGACCCACUGCCGCCUGGUAAGAGGAGACCAGAGGGGAAGUUCAAGAAGAAGCAAACAGCACGAGAUGAAGCUCUACAGAUCCUCAAACCGCAGAUGGACAACCCUCCUGCUCCUCAGCCCAAGCAGCCAGUUGCCCCCUCACCGUCCGCAUCCGCAAUGAAAGAGGCAGGGUUUAAACCCACCAAGAGCAUAAAGACGAAAGCUCCCGAUCGACCCAUCCCCAAACCCCCCCCAGUUUCUCGAGAGCUUCCAGUAGAAACAGAAACCAUCCAGACACAACUUCAUCAGAGCACCAAUGAGGAGCACUACACCUACACCAAUGUCUCCUGGAGGCUGUAUCUCAGGAAGGAGGUUUUCUAUCCCAAAGACAGCUUCAACAAUCCUCUGGUGCUGGAUCUCAUUUUCAAACAGAUCGUGAACGACACCCUGUCGGAGGCAUGUGUGCGCAUCACCCGGGAUGAAAGGCAGAAAAUGAAAGCUCUUUUCGCUAAACACGGUGUCGAACAGAAUAUGGACCCGGUGGAGGAGCACGUGAAGAAGACAGUUGUCGCGGCAGCCAGAGAAACCUGGGAAAUAUACUUCUCCAGACUCUUCCCUGCCUCGGGGAGUGUUGGAACAGGUGUGCAGGUCCUAUCAGUUUCCCACAGUGGGAUCAAAUUGCUGAAGACUGUGAAAAGCAGCGCAGCAGCCCCAGAUUAUUUCAGAGUCCUACGACCGUACACGUAUGCAGACAUCCUGUUUGUCACCAUCCCAUCUGAAAACAUGCUGGAGUUCAAUUUGACCAAUGAGAAGCUCAUCCUGUUCUCUGCCAAGGCCUCUCAAGUCAAACAUCUGAUAGACACCUUCAUCAAUGAAAUCAAAAAGGACUCUGACUAUGUGAUCGCGGAGCGUAACUUUGUGACGGACGACCGCUCGAUGCUCAGCUUCCAUAAAGGGGACAUCAUCAGGCUGCAGGUCAUGGACGGUCUGGAGAAAGGUUACAGCUACGGCUGCGUGGUGAGGAAGAAGGUGGUGUUUUUGGAGGAGUUGAAGAGGGACACACAAGACUUUGGCUGGAAGUUCGGUGCUGUGUUCAGCCGCCCCGGUGCUUUCCCGGCCGAGUGUGUCCAUCCCGUCGCUCCUCCAGACUUCCUGUCGCUGCCUUUGGAUCGCAAGGCGGAGCCUCGCGGCGGAGCGGGGCAGUUUUCCGUCUCAUCAGCCGUCGCAGUUGCUGUAGCAUCCACCAUGGCUGCGCAUGAAAUAGAUCAAACAAUUGAGAAGGUUUCUCUUGACGGCUUUGGUGAGGGAGAACUGGACGAGAGGGCCCUGCAGGACAGUAAAUACGACAUGCUGGAGUUUGCCAAGAAAUACUUCAGACAGGCCCAGAGCGGGAAAGGAGGUUCCCUGAAGAGCAAAAGCAAGAACAGAGACUCCAGAGAGCCCACUGAAAUGAUCAAGUUUUCCAAGACUCCUCUGACAGAGUCUCUGAUCGAGUUCACGGACCCGGCCAUGGACAGAGUAGCAGCCGAUCUCUUCCUGUCCAUCAUGCGUUUCAUGGGUGACUCUACACCACGGGGCCUGACGGAGCAGGAAGUGGUCAGCACUUUCCUCAAGCUCAUAGGAGAGUUCACCUUGAUGAGGGAUGAGGCUUACUGCCAGCUCCUCAAACAGCUUACCACUAACACCAGCUCCAAACCCGACAGUUCCCAGCGAGGCUGGAGGCUGCUGUACAUCCUGACUGCUUUCCAUCGCUGCUCCGAGGUCCUCAAACCCUUCCUGCUGAAAUACCUGCAGCAGGCCUCCCGCAGCGCCGGUGCACAGUAUCAGGGUAUAGCUAAGGCGUGCGAGCAGAACCUGAGGAAGACGCUCCAGUAUGGCGGUCGCAUCGUUCCCCCUAACAGCAUGGAGCUGAAGGCGAUGGUGGCGGGACGGAGUUCAAAACGCCAGCUGUUUCUCUUUCCUGGAGGCAUCGAGCGCCACGUGAAAAUCAAAACAUGCUCUGUUGCCCUGGAGGUGAUUGAGGAGCUGUGCUAUGAGAUGGGUUUACACCGACUGGAGGCCAUGGAGGAGUACGCCGUGUUUUUGGUGACCAACGGAGGUCAGAAUGUGCGCCCUCUGAACAAACACGAGUACAUCCUGGAUGUAGCGACGGAGGCCGAGUUAGUGGACGCCAACUACAGCUUCUGGUUCAGACGAGUCGUCUGGACUCAGCCGCUCAAGUUCGACAACGAGCUUUGCGUGGCCAUGCACUACAACCAGAUCCUUCCGGACUAUUGUAAAGGUCUCCUGAAUGUUCUCCCGCAUGGAAAAGUGAGCGAUCAGCAGUUCCACCAGAUCUCCAAACUGGCAGCUUUGCAGCACAGAGCCAAAGACAUCGUCUUCAUCCCCAGCAUACAUGAAUUAUCGGAAUACAUCGCCACACCUCUCUUCAAAAAGCAGCCACCCCAGCAGUGGGUUACCAUGGUGACGCAGCACAUGCAGCAAGUACAGUCCCUGAACCCGCACCAGGCCAGAGCGCAGUUUCUGGGCCUGGUCAGUGCCUUCCCCAUGUUCGGCUCCUCCUUCUUCUACAUCCACAGCAGCAGCUCCACCACUUUCUUCGCACCCUGUAUACUUGCUGCCAGUCAACAUGGUCUCCACUUCCUGCACAAAAACACACACGAGGUGAUGGCAGUGGUCCCCCUGGCAGAGGUGCAGUCCAGCCGCACCCAGAGGCCCACUGCUGGAACCAGUUACCCCUACGUCGAUCUCACCUUGGGGGACGUAAACACGCAGCGGGUCGUCCAGCUGCAGCUGGAGCAGGGCCUGGAGCUGUGUCGAGUCAUUGCCAUGCAGGUGGAAAACAUGAUGUCCGUGAGAGAGAAGAGGCUCACUCUGCCGCCCUGUGAAAUCACCAUGUUGUAGCGCACCGGCGUGCAUAAAUGCACACACAAAUUUGUAUUUACACAUGUUAUUUAAACCUCU